CCGGUACGCCGUCGCCUGCGGUUCUUUUGCCUACAGUUGCGGUACCCUUGACUCACAAGUUCCAGUGGGUUGCUUGCGGACAUACAGAGUACUGCGUGCAGCGCUGGUUAUGGAUGGCACACCUCCAGUCUUCGGUACCUGACUAGGAGGAGUAAGGUACUAGUCUAAAGCCAAGUCUUUUAAGAGCUAGCAUAAUGAGCCGGCGCCGUCUUUUACGGCGAGGCGUAGUAUUAAAGGAAGAGUCGGUUCCUCCCCUUGUUUCGUUUCUUCACCUACGAUCUCUUCGAGUUCAAACACCACUCAUUCCCACCUGAGCACUGAGCAGGACUCUCUCUCUCUCUCACGCACACAUUCCCUCACACGACGAUCAACGUCCAUUCCUUCAAUUCUUUUUUGAAUAGAUUCAUUCCUGUGGAACAGAAUCUAAACCAUCCUUCCUUUGCCUAGCAAUCCAUUGCGUUGAGAUACCCUUUCGUCUACACACCAGACGUAUCACAGCUACAGCCACUCCUUGGUUGAAUAACAGAACUCGAACACAACAACAACAAACUAUCCAUAUAUCAACAUGAAGUCUUUCACUCUUGCUUCUGCCUUCUUCGCCGCUGCGGCCGUCGCCCAGCCCCAUGCCAACCCUCACGGAAACCACCACCGCCGUCACCACCAGAACGACAAGCGCGAUGUUGUCACCGAGGUUGAGUGGGUGACUGAGAUCGAGUACGUUACCAAGAUGGUCGACGCUACCACCACCGUCUGGGUCCGACCUGAGGCCGAGCCUACUACUGCUCCUCAGCCCGAGACAACUCAGCCCGCUCCCAAGAAGGUUGCCCCCAAGAAGGAGAAGAAGCCUGCUCCUCCUCCCGCCCCUACCACUACUCUGGUCACCAGCGUCUACACUCCUCCCCCUGCUCCUGAGCCCACCACUGAGGCCGAGGCUGCUGCUGAGCCUACCUCUCAAUACGUCGCUCCCGUUGAGCCCACCACCCAGGCUCCUGCCCCUAAGCCCACCACUCAGGCCCCCAAGCCUGUUGUCAAGGCCCCCAAGAAGGAGCCUGAGCCCGAGACUGAGGUCGCUCCCGUUCAGCAGGAGAAGGCCGCCAAGCCUGCCUCUGGCGGUAGCUCCUCUGGCGGUUCUGACACCAAGCACGGCGAGUUCACCUACUACGACAUUGGUCAAGGUGCUUGCGGUGAGGACGACACUGGCAAGGAUGACUCUAUCAACAUUGUCGCUCUCUCCCACCUCCUGAUGGGCGAGCUUUCUAACAGCAACCCCAUGUGCGGCAAGACCAUCACCAUCAAGGCCAACGGCAAGACCUGCCAGGCUACCGUCGCCGAUAAGUGUAUGGGUUGCGCUAUCAACGACAUCGAUGUCAGCCGAAAGGUCUACGAGGAGAUCUGGGGCAGCCUCGACUCUGGCCGCACCGAGGUCGAGUGGUGGUUCAACUAAGCGCCACGACAAACACGUUCUCUUGAAUCAUGAAAACAAUACGAAGGAUACCCUUUUCUUACGACUUGUACUUUUCAUGAAGCGGGAAUCUCUUCACCCCCGAAGGCGCUGGGGCGUAAGACAUGAAAAAGGCACUUGGGUACCACUUGGACCUAGACCUGGAGAUUCUGGAUUGGGGUGUUUUUGGUUUCUUAGGCGAAUCAGCUCCGGUUGACAGUCGUUGACUUCUAUGUACAUAAACUUUGGAUACGCCGUUCGGAUAGACAAACAAUACAGCACCCUCAAUCAGGGACUGCAAUUUUGAUUACAUUACGUUAUGUGAUUUCCCCUCAAUUAUGAAGCGAGCGGGUUUUAAUUUGGGGAUCCUGGUCUUUUGGUCGCUACUCCAUGCCUACGAUGACCUCGUACUCUAACCAACCCAUGUCUUUAACAGGGUCUAGUAGCGAUCAACUCUAAUGAAUUCUCGUUUAAGCUGAAACUUGGACAUUUAACGAUCAACCAACAGAAAUGGGGAGCUUGACUCUGCUAAUGAAUAUCGCUCGGGUUCAUAAUGACGAACUGCUGCACUAAAACAAAUUCCUUGUCGGUGGUCGAUGCCAUAGCACGGUUAGUCAAUAAACAGCUGGUAUCCAGGGGUGAGUGAGGGUACUCUUUCUUGAAGCAGUCUAACGAAACCACUCCCUUCAGCUAGGAUAUUACUGAUGAACCCUCAGUGAGAAUUCACGUAAUCAAGGGUCGGAAAGCAGGUAGCGUCGCACGAAAGGAUUUCGAUCCCCUUUGAAAAGGAGAAAGGAAGGGGAGAAAUAGACACGGUUGGCUAGUUAAUAAUUCUACGCUUUACAGAGGCGUUUUGAAUACGAACUAUCGAUACGGAUAUAAAUAUAGGCAUUGUCAGACUCUCAAGACUCCCGUCCCAGC